AUGACGGCGUAUUCUGGGAAUGUGGAAAAGCAUCAGAGAUUUCAGACGGUGCUGUUUGUGGAUUUGAACCAGAGUCAGGAAAUUUGUGUCAAUUUAGGACCAAAGGCUUGGGCUGCAGACGGGAAACAUGUUCACAAGCAAGAAAAGUAUCGCGUUAUUAGCAAACAAGAGGAAAUUGAAGCUAAAGACGUGCUAGCGGAAUGCCAAGCUAGCCGCAAAACUAACCAGGGCGUGUCCAAGAAGCGCUACAGCGUUAUUCUGAGGGAGGAAGGCGAAAAAGAUGGCGGAGGAACAGAGAACUAUGAUUGGGUGGUUGGAGGGUGGGAGGUGGAGAGAGGGGCAGCGUCCAAUAGGAGCUGGGGGGAGUGGCUUGGGCAGAUAUUACCCAGCAUGCCAUGGGGAGUGAGUGCACCAAAGCCAGAGGAGAGUGACGAAGAGAAGUGA